ACCUCAUGAAGUCUACGCUGAGGGAUGAGCGGCUCUUCAUGGAAGAGGAGCUUUCGGAGCAGCUCAGGCAAUAUGAAGUCCUGGUUUUCUCUCGGGAACGGGAGCUGACCCGGUUAAGCGUGAAGUUACGGGAAGGGAGAGAUGCCGCCCGCUCAUUGAUUCGGCAUCUCCAGGCCCUUCUCACUCCGGAUGAGCCGGACGAGUCCCAGGGGUGGGACCUCCGAGAAGAGCUGGCUGAGGGAUGUAGGCGGGCGCAGCACCUCAUCCAAAAGCUCAGCCCAGCAAGCGACGAAGGCGAGGAUGAAGGUGAUAAAGUUGAGGAGGCUGAGAAAGUAGAGGAGUUAUGUGCCCCCAGGGAGGUGCAGAAGGCUGAAGAAAAGGAAGUCCCUGAGGACUCACUGGAGGAAUGUGCCGUCACUUGUUCCAAUAGCCACGGCCCUUGUGAGUCCCACCAGCCUCACGGGAACACCAAAGUCACAUUUGAGGAAGACCAAGUCGGCCCACCUCCAGUUGUAGACAGUGCAUCCUCUGAUGAUGAGCGGCAGGAUGCUCCAAACCUUCUCCCAGAGUCUGAAGACCGCAAAGACCUCAUGAAGUCUACGCUGAGGGAUGAGCGGCUCUUCAUGGAAGAGGAGCUUUCGGAGCAGCUCAGGCAAUAUGAAGUCCUGGUUUUCUCUCGGGAACGGGAGCUGACCCGGUUAAGCGUGAAGUUACGGGAAGGGAGAGAUGCCGCCCGCUCAUUGAUUCGGCAUCUCCAGGCCCUUCUCACUCCGGAUGAGCCGGACGAGUCCCAGGGGUGGGACCUCCGAGAAGAGCUGGCUGAGGGAUGUAGGCGGGCGCAGCACCUCAUCCAAAAGCUCAGCCCAGCAAGCGACGAAGGCGAGGAUGAAGGUGAUAAAGUUGAGGAGGCUGAGAAAGUAGAGGAGUUAUGUGCCCCCAGGGAGGUGCAGAAGGCUGAAGAAAAGGAAGUCCCUGAGGACUCACUGGAGGAAUGUGCCGUCACUUGUUCCAAUAGCCACGGCCCUUGUGAGUCCCACCAGCCUCACGGGAACACCAAAGUCACAUUUGAGGAAGACCAAGUCGGCCCACCUCCAGUUGUAGACAGUGCAUCCUCUGAUGAUGAGCGGCAGGAUGCUCCAAACCUUCUCCCAGAGUCUGAAGACCGCAAAGACCUCAUGAAGUCUACGCUGAGGGAUGAGCGGCUCUUCAUGGAAGAGGAGCUUUCGGAGCAGCUCAGGCAAUAUGAAGUCCUGGUUUUCUCUCGGGAACGGGAGCUGACCCGGUUAAGCGUGAAGUUACGGGAAGGGAGAGAUGCCGCCCGCUCAUUGAUUCGGCAUCUCCAGGCCCUUCUCACUCCGGAUGAGCCGGACGAGUCCCAGGGGUGGGACCUCCGAGAAGAGCUGGCUGAGGGAUGUAGGCGGGCGCAGCACCUCAUCCAAAAGCUCAGCCCAGGACAUUGGUGUGAUCAAGUGAAAAAGGAGGACCAAGAGGCCACAGGUCCCUGGCUCAGCAGGGAGCUACUGGAUGAGAAAGAGUCUGAAGUCUUGCAGGACUCCCUGGAUAGAUUUUAUUCAACUCCUUCUGGGUAUCUGGAACUGCCUGACUUAUGCCAGCCCUACAGAGGUGCGUUUUACUCAUUGGAGGAGCAACACCUUGGUUUGGCUGUUGAUGUGGACAGAAUUAAAAAAGACCAAGAAGAGGAAGAAGACCAAGGCCCACCAUGCCCCAGGCUCAGCAGAGAGCUGCUGGAGGUAGUAGAGCCUGAGGACUUGCAGGACUCACUGGAUAGAUGUUAUUCGACUCCUUCCAGUUAUCUAGAACAGCCUGAUUCAUGGCAGCCCUACGGAAGUUCCUUUCACUCAUUGGAGGAAGAACACAUUGGCUUUUCUCUUGAUGUGGAUGAAAUUGAAAAGUACCAAGAAGGGGAAGAAGAUCAAAACCCACCAUGCCCCAGGCUCAGUGGGGUGCCGAUGGAAGCAGAAGAGCCUGAAGUCUUGCAGGACUCACUGGAUAGAUUUUAUUCAACUCCUUCAACUUACUUUGAACUACCUGCCUCAUUCCAUCACUACAGAAGUGACUUUUACUUAUUUGAGGAAGAGCACGUCAGCUUGGCCCUUUACAUGGACAAUAGGUUUUUUACUUCGACGGUGAUAAGGCACCACCUGGUCUUCCAGAUGGGAGGCAUAUUCCCACACUAAGCAGCCCUUACUAAGCUGAGAGAUGUCAUUGCUGCAGGCAGGACCUGUAGGCACAUGUAGGUUUGAAUAAAACUGUAGUUCCCUUUGGAAGCCCAGACAAAAGUUUUUAAUUGUAUAGAUUAAAAUAAUUUUGGACAAAAAUUAAAACUCAAUAGGAUGGGAAAGUGGGCAUGGCUCUAUUCCUAUUCUCAGACCAUGCCAGUGGCCACCUGUGCUCAGUCUGAAGACAUUGGACCCAAAUUAGGUGUGACACGUUCACAUGACUGUAGCACAUGCCGGGAGUGAUCUGCGAGACAUUCUAAUUUGAACCAGUUAUCUCUGGGUAGCUACAAAGUUCCUCAGGGAUUUCAUUUUGCAGGCAUGUCUCAG